UCACAUAAUCCCGAGAAAAUGGACAUUAUCAUAAGACUCGCAGUGUUGCAAUACAUGGUGACUCAAGCUGUAAUGAAAUGUCCAAUGACCAUAGCUGACUGGAACAUAUCAUCCAUGGCCUUACAAUGCAAGAAACCAAACUACUACCACUGUUUGAGAGACGAAAGUGGGAACAUUGCACAACAGUGUCUCGAAAGAGUCUGGAUUCAAAAUGGAAUGUGUCCUGAAUAUAAUUCCAAAGCCCAGAGAAUAGAUGUAUAUGAUUGUAAAUCUCAUCAGAACAACUGCCCAACAGCAACGUUCUGGUCAAAUGCUGUAUACGUAUAUCCUGGAUGUUUUAGUACUAGUGAUGCUACAUCAACAGCGUCUCAACCAGCAAUGUGAGUUUAAC